AUGGAGGACCAUAACGACAAGGAGCCUGGUGCUUCCCCGCUAAUGUUACGCUCAGGGUCACCAUCACCCUCCAUCUCACCAACACCGGCCAUUUCCUCAUGCCCCUCGCCGGACCGCAGCUUUUCGACCUUUUCAACCUUCUCGACCGUGUCGUCCGUUUCGAACUUUUCCGCCACGUCUGCCACCUCCAACGGCGAUAAUAGAUCGUCGGUUCUGUCCGCCGGCUCAAAACGACGUGGUUAUGUCCGACCCCAGGGCGUCGAGUUCGCCGAGUCGGCCAAAAAUAGAGAAAGCGUCAUGUGUCUAGGGAGCAUCGCACACUUGCAAUAUUACUUUGCCAGGACGGGAUUAUUAGAUGGCAAAGGCGCGCAAAUGGCCCGGCCAAAGAAUAAGAAUCAUGUCAACGAGACCAAGGAGGUUCCGAAACUAUUGCUGACGCAGGAUCCUCAAUUUACUGCGGAUAUGGUCGAUAGUCCCAUUGACGAUGAUAUUGCUCCCGAUCAAGUAGUCGACUUUGAUGUCGAAUACGACGAUGGAGAAUUAAUGCUUCCUCCUACCGUGAGCACCUACAGCGUCAAAACGCACCAUAUUGCGCCCCCGCCGAAAUUGAAGGUCCUGCGAAAGGAUUUGGUGGAGGCAUUGGACAAGGCGUCGUUGGCGGUGAAAAAGUCAGAGUCUGAUAGCACACAGUCCUCGCCUCGAUCAUCGUCAAAUAGUCUUUCGCCCCUGUCGGAUACACAUGGCCCCGCAUCUCCGUCAUCACCCAAGCCCUCCGGCUGGCAUGAAAUCCAGGGCAUGCAUAUUCUUGAUCUUGUCACAUUAGCGAUCCGUUCUGCUCGGGUGUACUAUAUCAAUCAUGAACGACCGGAGCGACUGGCUAGUAUCAAGACGGAACGCAAAUUCCGAGAAGAACUAUUGGCGGUCACAGAUGUUUUGAAGGGCUGGGCGUCUCGGAAUUUCGCCGGUGGAUUGAGAAAUACCGAACGAGCCGCUAUUCUUAGCUGGAUGGCCGGUGUUAUUAUCGUUCUGGACGAAGAGCGUCGGCUCGAGGAGGCCGAAAACAAGGAACGAGCUAGCUGGAAUUGGGCCGCGGGAGAUUGGACGGGACGUGAAAGGGAGCGCGAAGAAGCAUUCCUUCGGACCCUGAUGAAUGGAAUUGGGCCCGCCUUGCCGCAAUGGACAUCUCCUGAGAAUGCGGUGUUGCCAACGCCGCUUCUUAGUCGCUUGCGAGACGGCCGUGAUCUCAUCCGUAUGCAUAAUCAAGCAGUCCGCAAAUCACGACGACUUUUUGGUGAAAUCAAGACUCCUCACGAAGAUAUCGCGAAACCAUACCGCCGUGCUGAGAAUCUACGAUACUGGCGCAAAGCCGCGGAACUGCGGUGGGAGAUUAAAUUUGACCUGGACGUCAUGGGAGUCGUUUACGGUAGCAGUGACGCGGCCUGGAAACAGUUCGAUGCUGCCCUCCUUGAAUGGUGCAGGGGUGUCCGCGAGGAGAUGUUGGACGACUGGAGGAACCCGCGUAAGGGGUCUGUUGCGUCCAUUAACGAACUGCCCACCAUUUUUGAUACUGAAGCCUUGACCGCCGAAGCUGCCUAA